GUACCAUCCUGGAACGGUGAGGCAGAGAAGCUGUCGAACUACCGCUUCGAGGUGUCGAUGUUCGUGAAGAGCAUCAGAGUGAACGACCGCUACGUCUGUGGACCACAGCUGGUCCGGGCGCUUGGGCCGCGGGUUCGGAACGCCGUGGAGAGCUGCCCCUCGAUCAACGACGUAGACGAGGUGGAUGACAACGGAAAGUUGGUCGGCUGGGAGAGGGUGUUCAGCUAUGUGCUUGAGAAGUUGGACUACACCAGCCUCAACGACACGGGUCUUCUGGCCGAGGAGUUCUUCUUGAAGAUAGGUGAAGUGACGGCGACCGCGGGAGGUGAUUUCAACUACGGAAAGACCUACAAGACGUUGCUCACGCGCUUCCCAGCGGAAGCUCUUGCGGAGCUGGAUGGCAAAGUCAAGCGUGAGCGGGCGUUGUUCGAGAACGACUUUGAGGAGGACGAGGACGAGACUGGUGGGGAAGCAGAGGAGAUCUACGAGCUGGCCGAGCAGCUCCUCGACCUUGCGGACGAGGACGAGGAGGUGGAGCCCGACGACUUGGAGGCGGACAACGAGGUGUUCGCGCAGUUUCGCCAGGCUGGCCGGAGCUUCAAGGACAGGCUAAAGGACGUGGACGCGGACAACAAGAUCGACGAGUUCGCUUCGAAAGUGCGCGAGAUCUGUACGACUAACACGCACAACGGCUUCAUCUUGUCGGCCCUGGACGAGUGCGUCUACCUGCUUGAGCGCGAGGGGAUCUGGGCCGUGCUGGACAUUGGAGCUACGCGCAGUCUCGGUGGCGUCGAGAGCGUAGAGAACCUCAUGUACGAGAUGAUGGUGAACCACGACGUGGAGUUCGAGGCGCACGACGAUACUUGCUCCUUCGUUUUCGGCGACGGGCUCCAGAAGAGCUCGAUGGGAACGGUCUCUGGACGCGCCUACUUGGGACCGGAGCUCCGAGCCAUCAGCCUCUCAGAGAUGGCGAACCGCGUCCCCAUUCUCCUGGGCAUGGACAUCCUGACGGACGACUUGAAGGUAGUGGUCGACUGCGGCCGCAACUGGAUCGGGUUGCCGACGCUGGGCAACAAGGUCUACUACUGCGAGAGGCUCUCGAGCAAGCACCUGUCGAUCAACCUCUCGACACCGCAGUGGUGGCGCGAGGUCUCUCUACCCUUGUCCCUGGAGAGCUGCCACGUCAACAUGACAGGGCGGGACUCCAUCGUGCUUGAUGAGAAGCCGGAGGAGCCCGUGACGGGCUGCGCUGCACCCCCCGGUGAUGUCGGCGAGCGAGAUAUCAUCUCCAUCGCCAUCCUCAUCAUCGGGGGGGCCAACAGAAAGAUGCUCAAGGAGCCCAGCUUCUUUUCCCAGUCCAGGAGACCGCCACGUCCAGGGAACCUCGAUGACCUCGAGAGGGUCCACAUCUCCAGGAGAAACCUCGAGCCAGCCCCCUUCGAGCCGACCGAGAGCGACGCAAUGUACCACCGAGAGAAGACCCACGACGUCUCAACGUUCGAGCAGCCCGAGACCGAUGACGACCAGGGGUUCGAGUGGGACAAGGUGGGGGACACUCUCGGGACCGUCAGGGGCGACACGGAGUCCGAGUACUCGGGGGAGCCCUUGGACACUCUCGGGGACUUCGGAGGCGACGAGAGGUUCUAG